UUACGCCCGCAGUGUCCGUUGGUUUGAGCGCGCGCGACCGUCCAAUCAACAGAGUGAGGAACUGAAGCCGAUUCCAUACGGAGCGCGAGCUGGGGGGUGGGGGGUAUUUUCAGGCGCGACCUAAGUCAGACGCGAGACCCGCGCGAACGGCAGGCAUGACGCAGUCCGUAGUAGUCCAGGUAGGUCAGUGCGGAAACCAGAUAGGCUGCCGCUUCUGGGAUCUGGCGUUACGGGAACACGCGACUGUUAACAAGAAAGGACUUUAUGAUGAAGCAUUAAGCAGUUUCUUUAGAAAUGUGAACACUAGAACAGAUGGUGACAGUGCUGACAUUUCCAGAAGAAAAAUCUGUUCCUUGAAAGCACGCGCUCUACUGAUUGACAUGGAAGAGGGUGUGGUGAAUGAAAUUCUUCAGGGGCCAUUGAGAGAAGUAUUUGAUAGCAAACAGCUGAUCACAGAUGUUUCUGGCUCAGGAAACAAUUGGGCUGUGGGUCACAACGUGUAUGGAUGUCAGUACCGAGAGCAUAUUACUGAAAAGUUGAGGACUAGUGCAGAGCACUGUGACUGUCUGCAAUGCUUCUUUGUCAUUCAUUCAAUGGGAGGGGGAACAGGAUCUGGUCUUGGUACAUUUUUACUAACAGUCCUUGAAGAUGAAUUUCCAGAAGUAUAUAGAUUUGUGACUUCAGUUUAUCCAUCUCGUGAGGACGAUGUCAUUACAUCUCCAUAUAACAGUGUGUUGGCUAUGAAGGAACUCAGCGAGCAUGCUGACUGCGUAUUGCCAAUUGAAAAUGAGUCUUUAUUUGACAUAGUUAGUAAAAUUAACCAGAUGACCAACUCCGGAAAACUAGGAUCAACUGUAAAGCAAAGCAGUUUGGUGACUUCGAGUGCAGGGGGAAUAAAACAUCUUCAAGAAAAACCGUUUGAUGCUAUGAACAAUAUUGUGGCUAACUUACUGUUGAACUUGACCAGCUCUGCUAGGUUUGAAGGAUCUCUUAAUAUGGAUCUUAAUGAAAUCAGCAUGAAUUUAGUUCCUUUUCCUCGACUUCAUUAUCUAGUUUCCAGCUUGACUCCUCUUUAUACUCUGGCUGAUGUUAAUGUGCCUUCUCGAAGGUUGGAUCAAAUGUUUUCUGAUGCUUUUAGCAAAGAACACCAGCUGUUACGAGCUGAUCCAAGACAUAAUUUGUACCUUGCUUGCGCCCUCUUAGUCAGAGGAAAUGUACAGGUUUCAGAUCUUCGUAGAAACAUUGAACGGUUGAAACCUUCACUUCAGUUUGUGUCCUGGAAUCAAGAAGGAUGGAAAACUGGUUUAUGUUCAGUACCUCCAGUCGGCCAUUCCCAUUCUUUAUUGGCGCUGGCAAAUAACACUUGCAUUAAACCUACUUUCACUGAACUCAGAGAGAGAUUCAUGAGGUUGUACAAGAAAAAGGCUCACCUUCAUCAUUAUCUACAUGUUGAUGGGAUGGAACAGAACUGCUUCUCUGAAGCACUUUCAUCACUGUCAGACUUGAUAGAGGACUAUAAUCAGCUUGAAGCUGCUAGCAGGGGACCUGCAGUAGAUCCACCAAGACUGAAAAUAGUGAUGUAGCAAUAGAGGGACAUAGCAGGAAAAAUUCAGUAUUGACAAUGAUGUACACGCAAUCCAACCCAUGUUGAGCACUGUUCAAGUUGGUUGAUUUCAGUAGGAAAAACAUAAGAGCAAAUUCUAGCUGAUAAGUUCUUAACAAAUGGUCUUUUGUAACAAUUAGAAUGACUGUUACUCUUGAAGGACGGUGGAAACAUUCAGUCUGCCCAACAGUUUCAUAAUAUAUUUUUAUAUUGAAAUUGGAUAAUGCAAAUCUCAACUUCUAUACAGUGGAAUGCACUUUUGUCUUAAGCACUGUUAAUGUUGUAUGUAUAUUUUUGAAAUGAACACAUGUUGAAUAUAAGUAUUUCUCAUGAUAUUAAUACUUUUAUAUGCAGAGAAAUUAAAAUACACAAUUACAUAAAAUAUACACUGGCAUCCAGAAUCCAAGUUUACAUCCUGUCUCAGCCUGUUGUGCUUCUGUUUACUAUGGACUCUGAAGCAGCUACUGAACUUGGCAAUAUAAAAUCUCUAAUUAGGGGAAAAAACAGUAUUCCCCUUAAUGACAUUCAGUUUUCCGAUGGAAAAUUGUGUUGAAUUAACCACUUCAACUACACAGCAGUUUGUUUUCCACAAAUAAGUUUCCUCUGUUGGUGGAUUCUCAUUUUAUUGAAAUUUUGCUGUUGCUGUAAAAUGCAGCAUUAAAAAGGGCAUAAAAGAAAAUACCCAUUUUGUCCUUGAGAUGGGAAUCAAUAUAAAAUAUAUCUAUAUAAUAUUUUCUUCCUAGAAAAUUAUAUUAUCCAUGUAAAGAAGCUUUCAUUAUCAAUAAACAUAUUGCAUUUGGGAUAUAUGCAAUUAUAUUUGCAAGUUUCAUGAACAUUCAUGGAUAUAUACCUACCCAGUGUUGUGGUGGUACCUUCAUAAGGACCCUUGAAGGCCUGACCAAGUUAGGAGCAUCCUUGUUUAAACAGAAUGAUCAGUACUGGUUAUAUAUGUCAGUUAUGUAGGUAUAAGAAUGGAUUUUUAAGUUAAAAAAUACUGAAAGUAUUUUAGGAUAUGCUCUUUUUGUAGCAGUAAUACUAAUAUUGUGAAUCCGAAUGCAGAAAUUUUCCCUUACUGAUAAUUAUGUACUAUAUUCAUCCUUUUGCAAAAGUUACAUAAAUAGAUUUGCUGAGAAGGUCAGAGCUGUUGUUUAUUAUUUCUGACGUUUAGCAGUCUGGGCUAAAAUCUUGAUGCUGUGCAAGAAUGUAAACAAAUUAUAGUAAAAAGGGAUGGCACAAGCUGCUCUAUUCUGGCAAAAGGUCACUGUCAGAUAGUAAGCUGGCCACUUUAAACCCAACCACUCUAAAGCAGAAGAACUGUUCAGGAGGUCCAAUCCUGGAAAAGAACUUAGAGCAAAUAAGAACUGAAAUGAAUCAGCCUGGGAAGUGAGGAUCCCUAAAAAACAGAUCUUAAGGAAAAAGAAACUGAAUAUCUGCUGGCAAAAAGAGAAGAAUCCCAAUGUGGUUUGCCUCUCAGACUUCAACCUUUUUCAUAUUCUGGGUUCUAGCAUCUUCUAAUUAAAUCUCCCUUCUAUUGGGGGGGGGGAGACAUUGACUAGCCAUCAGUUCUUAUUACACCUCCAUGUUGGAUAAACAUUGCUGUUUAAAUCUAAAAUAAAAACAAUUAGGGGUUUUAGGGUGAUAAGGGUUAUUAUUUAUCUAUGCAUAUAAACUGUAAAUGAAAACAUGAAACGUAACUGUUACAAGGUGUUGUCUUGCUGCUGUUGGUGUUACAUAUCAUGCAUGAAUGAGAACUAGGAAUAAAGGAGAACCACAGCUCCAUAAGGUGAGCCAAAAAUACCUGUCAGCCACCAGAAUAGAAUUCCAGAUUAAACAUCAUAACCUGGAGGCAAGCAAGCAGAUUUGUUUCAUGCCAGAGGAUUAAUUACAGUUCUGCUACAAUUUCAGUGGUGGCUUAUCUGCCCUGACUUUGUAGUGUAAUGAUUCAAAGGCAGGCAUAGCCUUGUAACCUGUCCCCAUCCCAUCCACCUAGUGACAUACGGUAUUACAUCUGUCCAAGCACCACAGGAACAGGAAUACUAUGAGGCAGGAGGGCCCAAAGAUUGGUGAACAAAAGCAUUCUGUCACUGGGUAAACUGAUUCUACUUACCCUCUCCUGCACUAACCUGACUAGCUUCCUUAAAACUGGAAGACAACAAGGCACGUCCAUAGCUGCUCUUUAUAACUGAAGCACUUUCCUGUUUACUCUAUUGAGAAAACAAUGUGAACAACUUUAGAUAUCUCUGGGUAGUUUGUCCUAGAAUAAAGGCAUGGGCAAGUGCAUUAAAUGUGGAAUUAUUACCCGUGUAAUAGUUGCUGACCAUGUCCUAUUGACCUAUGAGAUUCACUGCAACAGAAAUCCCAAUAUGAAGUAAAAGCUGUCUAGUCUAAAACCCAGUUCCUUGUUUCUGAUUCUAUCAGUUACUCCAGUCUAACUGAAAUUUAUGCAUACAUACUGCUAGUUUCAUUGGAUGUUACUCUGAUUCACAGCCAA